AUGAAGAGUGGCGACGAAAUUGCUGACGAAGAUAUUGCCGACCGGCUUAGUAACCUGCCGGAAAAAGUUCUCCUUGAGAUUCUGUCCCAUCUCUCUCUCAAAAAAUCUGCUGUAAGUAGUAUACUUUCGAAAACAUGGACUACUCUCUGGACUGAAUUACCCAGUCUAGAUCUUGAUGACAAAAGCAUUGAAGGUUAUGAGUUUCGUCAUAUCAUAUGGAAAGUAUUAAAAACUAGAAGUGAAGCACACCCUGUUCAUCGAUUGAGACUUUCUUGGAUUCAAAAAGACAUUCCAACAUGGGACGUUGUUGGUUGGGGCUUCAUGGUACUUGAUACGACGUAUUAUCUUUUUGCGUUUCCGAGUCUCAAGGUUUUGGAAUUGAUUAACGUUCUCUACACUGAAAGAGAUUCUCUCUCUAAAAUCCUUUCAUCUUGCACGGUAAUUGAAGAUUUGAAACUUCAAGUUGGAGUUCAAACUUUGAAAAGUCUCAGAGAUACCUUCUCCACAAGUACACUGAAACGCUUUCAGUGUAGACUUCUUUCCGAAGGACCAACUUGCGAAUUUAAGAUAGACACCCCGGCUCUUAAUGAUGAGCGUUUUGGUGUCGUUGAUGGUCAAGGUCUCGACGUUGACGAAGUAGCUGUGUCCUCCAAAAGCUCAUCGUCUUCUUUGUCGCCCCAACGUUUCGUCUCUGUCUUUGGAACAGGGAUUUCCUGUGGCGGCGACGGUGGCGGAGCAGUAGCAACAGCAGCCGUGGUGUUUUCCUAA